CAAACAGCGACGUUAUCCCCGUAAAGGAGAGGCUCGUUUUUAACAGAACAUUGCAGGUUGCUGGAAAGAAACAUGUCUGGGAGUUUCUAUUUUGUCAUGGUUGGGCAUCAUGAUAAUCCUGUCUUUGAAAUGGAAUUCUUGCCUGCUGGUAAAGCUGAGUCAAAGGAUGACCACCGGCAUCUAAACCAGUUCAUUGCACAUGCAGCCCUCGACUUGGUGGAUGAAAACAUGUGGCUGUCUAACAACAUGUACCUGAAAACUGUGGACAAGUUCAACGAGUGGUUCGUCUCUGCCUUUGUCACUGCAGGACAUAUGAGAUUCAUCAUGCUUCAUGAUGUACGACAAGAAGAUGGAAUCAAAAACUUCUUCAAUGACGUGUAUGAUUUAUACAUUAAGUUUGCAAUGAAUCCUUUCUAUGAAACCAAUGCUCCAAUCCGGUCGACGGCAUUUGACAGGAAAGUACAGUUCCUUGGAAAGAAGCACCUCUUGAGCUGAUGAACUAACCUGGACAACAUGGUUGUGUAGCUUUUUUAAUUUCUUAAUUGUGUGCAGUUUCCAUUUGAAAUAUGUUUUAAGACAGACAUAAUAUACAACUAAUUUGUCUAUGAUCACCUGUUGUAUGUUUGAUAAAUUCAGUAUGUAUUACUGAUACUUCCCAACCAAUGUAUAAAAGCUAUUGUAAGCAUGGAACAUUGUUGCAUAACGAAUGGAUGGUACACUGUAUAUACAAAGGUAUGUGGACACCCCUUCAAAUUUAUGGAUUCGGCAAUUUCAGCCACACCCGUUGCU